CCAGGUGCACUAAUAUACAAUUAACUUAUAUGGGUAUUUGUUUUUAAUCUAGAUGGUGCAACAAGACAACCAAUUUCUAAUUCAGUAGAAAUAUAUAAAUAACCAAUUUAUAUAUUUCUAUGACUGAUAAAAUACGAAACCAGAGAUUCGACACUACCAGUGUGAAGUCGUGACUCUGCGAUGAAAUGGGAGGACUUGCCAGACAUUGUACUAGAGCAGAUAUACCAAAUGCUAGACAUCACACAUCGUUAUAAUGCUUCUAUGGUCUGCAGACACUGGCAUGAAGCAUUCUAUGCACCGAGAAUUUGGGAGACUUUUAUCUUUAAGGAGAACAUGCUUCAGAGGAAAAAGUUCAUGCCAUAUGGGAGUUGGCAGUAUCAAUUCAAUCCGUACCUAGCUCAGACUGUGUUACGGAAAGUCGCACACCACUGGAAACGACUAGUCAUUGAGCCGAUGACUAGCUUCUACAACCUGCAUGAGUUCCUCACUGUCGUCUCUGCCUACAUUGAUCUGUGCCUUCAGAAUGGCGAGGAGUUCCCAUUGCCACGACUGAAAUGCUUCAAGUUCCGUUUUGCCUGCCAGCAGCACCUUGGUGGCAAUCGCGGCAAGUUUGUCAUCGGGACAGGCGGCAAGAUCCUGAGGACCUUACAGGAGCUGAUGCAGCGACUCAGAGGUCUGCAAGAGCUGCAGCUCACGCACCUGCUCCUUGAAAUGCACGAGGCUCUACAGCUGCUAGACGACACGCUCGCGAACAGUGGCGACACCUUGCGGACGCUGCGCGUCAUCGACUGCGCGAAGGUGCCGCACCCGUUCCUGCACGUCGGCCUCUUCUUCAACCUGCGCAAGCUGAUCAUCUCGCCGAACCACGUCGACGAGGACGUCGUGCACCUGCUGGGGUUCACGCGCGUGCGUCUCGUCGUGCUCUACCAGGACGCGUACACGUGCCGGUGCCGCGCGGCGCCGGGUCACGCGUGGCGGGACAUGCGCGCGAGGGCGCCGGCGGUGCGGAUCGAACUCGUGCUGACCGGUGCGACACGCUCCGACAUGCUGCUCCAGGAGGGGGCGCCGGUGCGGUCCAUUCUGUACGACACGAAAUACUCGGUGAUGAAGCUCAACACGCUGAUGUUCAUAGUGGAUAACUAUGCAAGCACGUUGGAGGUGUUCGCACACCAGCAGAUUCCGCGCGUUCACCGGCCGAAGUCGUUUCAAGAUCGGCCCGACUCCAACCUGUUGUCGCUGGUGCGGACAUGCGUGCGACUUCAUACCCUGGUCAUCAGAGAGCGAGUGUCCACGUGUACCCUGCUAAUCAUCGCCGUGUUCGCCGAACGCUUACAGCAUUUCUUCGUGCGGCGCAAUGCUGUCAUUCUGCGUUGUGAUUGGCCUUCUGGCCCUAUGCUGACAGAAUGCUAUGCAUGGUUGAAGGAAACGUCUAGAUCGUAUGAAUUAGUAGAACAAGAAGUGUCAAAAAAACUCAAUAAACCUUGGAAGCUGUUGAGUGAUCCUGAAUUUAAGCAGCUGAGUUUAAUUACAAUAUAAAUUAUUGUUGUUUUUGCUGGAUUUUACAAUUAUUUAAUGAUUGAACAAAGACUGGGCAAAAAAUAAUGAUUGUGAUUAUUGUAAAAUACUAUGCUUGUGAUGCCAUCAUAUAUAUCCUAAAAGUUCAGUGACAGAGUUCAACUAUUUGGUACUCAGAGAAGUAGGCGGUUGCAAGCCCGUUAUUGAAGAAGUAUACUGUGAGUGAAAGCCUAUGUUACAAGGCUCUCUGUGGGUUAGCAGUGCAUCUCUCAUGUAAUUCAGUUCUAUGUAGUAUUUGAAACUAUUCCGAAGUAGUCUUGGGUUACAAACUCUGAGAUCAAACCAUUAGUUCCUAUGCGCUUGUUGUGAUAAUACUGUGGUAUCAAGAGUUGAUCAACAUUUUAUCUCCUCUUGAUGCUUUUCUGCUGAUUCUAUGACAGUUUUAUGGUUAUGCUAUUGGUGGUAUUAUACCAUGUGAUUUCUUAAUCUUAGUGUUUAUUAUGAAUACUUUUUGUGAGCUUGUUAAUUUAGUAUUGCUUUUUGUAUAUAUUUUUGUGUAUUUUUAAUCUACGGGCAUCAUGGUAUAUAUAUUUGUUGAGAUUAUUGAUGAUUUUCCCAAAACCAGGUGUCGCUAAUAUACUACUCUAGUCUUGUGUUCAAAAGACAAGUUUAUUUGAGGAUUCUAAACUAUUGUUGACAGUAAAAUUAUAAUAUGUUAUCAUCUCGGAUAGUUUAUUUGUAGGAUGGCAGGAUUUCUUAUGGCUAUAUUAGCAUUGUUCUAAUCUUCAUAGUUUAUUUGAGCUAUUUGUUAAAGCAUAUAUAUCUAUACUGUUAUUUCUUCUCAUCAUUUCUGUUAGUGUGUCAUAUACUGUCGUAUUUCUAGCACUGUUCAGUUCUUGUUUUGCGCGGUAUUUAAGCUGUUCAGCUAGGCUGCGGUUCGGCUCGUUUACAUUAUGUUUUAGUCAUGUGACUCGCGGGUUUCCUUGUCGCGGUAUAAAAGCGUCUGUUGUGCGUGGCGCGGGCCCUGUUGCUGCUUGAGCCGUAUUUAUACGUUCGCGUGCGCUCGCGCAUUUCUUCCACGAUGCACCAUACAUUGUAAGUGUUGUCUCUUGGAGUACAGCCUAAUUUCUUAUAAUUUGAAUCUGUUA